UGUGUGUGUGUGUGCAGGCUAUAGGUAAUAAGCUGCUCCGCCACUGCGCAACGAUGGAGCUCUUGCAGCGAUGGAGAUGACGCAAACAAACCCAGCUCCCCGAAAAAGUGUUUCAAGACGAACAUGGCGGCAGCUUAACCCCCGCGGUCCGAGAUGACGACGGCCGAGAGGAGGAGAGAUUCGCGGCAUUCCUCACAGACACGAAGAAGACACCAGCGCAGCUGUGCGCCGCGGAAAGAGGUCGUUCCUUUCCUGUGAAUUGACAGAAGCGACGGGCGGACGACGGAGGACCAACAGCCACAGCCGCGAGACCGACGGGCAACAGCUGGUCUCCGCGAGACGCAACGCGAGGAGCAACCGGGAGGACGGGAGCGGGGAGCGGAGGAGAGCGGCGGAGAGGAGUAGCAGAGAGCGGCGGAGAGCGGCAGAGAGGAGCGGCAUGCGGUCCUCGAGAAGGCGGUCUCCCCGCGGACAGCCAUGGGGAGGAGCGGGGAUGCGGCAGCGAGAAGCUUAAUCUGCGCGUUAAUUGGAUCGGAGUAGCGUCGCGAGAGGAUCGCCCUGGACCCGGCGGAGGACGGCAGCCCCCCGGCAGCCCCCCCAACACCGAGUCCCUCCCCCCCAGGUCCAUGAGUAUUGAGGCAGAGCAGGCUCCGCGCUGGAGGAGGCCCGGGCGUCCCGUUCCCCAGGUAUGACGAGGGGCGCCUGGAUGCGUCGGCAGACAGACGAAGGCUGCGCGUUCUCCGCGGCGCCGCGGGAGACCGAGCAGCCGUUCACGGAGUCGGAGCGCGCGCAGCGGUGGCGCCGCUCGCUGGCCUCGCUGCUCUUCAUCACCGUGCUGCUCUCGGACCACCUGUGGUUCUGCGCCGAGGCCAAGUCCACGAGGACCCGGGACAAGCGCUCGGGCCAUGAGGGGGGCUUUGACAUCACGGACACGGGCGACGAGUACCCAAACUCCCACCCCCACCCCCACCUCCUCCACCCCCAUCCCCCUUCACCCGACCACUCCGGCCUCGCCGGAGAGGAAGAUGCUAUUUUUCUAGGGAAUUCUACCAAACCUCUGCGGCGCACCGCGUGUCACCCCGACAGCCUGUCCAAAGACUGCCUGACGUCCACGGACGCGGCGGCUGCGUGCAUGGGCCUCUCCCGCGGGGGCGCGCGGGGCACGCGACCCGCGGACGUGAACCUGAGCGAUUUGUACCUUUCUUUUUGUAAUUCCUACUCACUUUUGGAUUUGUUUUACGGGGUCCCGAGUCCCGGAGAGCAGAACUGCACCCUGGAUGUGGCCGCGGGGGCGGGCUGCAAAGGCUGCGUGGAGGCGUACCGCGAACUGGACCGGCGCGCGGAGGAGGACUACCGCGAGUUCGAGCUGCUGGUCGACAAAUACGAGACGGAUGCCUACUCGGUUAGCACGUGCAUGGACGAAUGUAAG